GUACCAGCUCCAACCCAAAGCAAGUUCUUAAGGGCUCAGUGGAUACAGAAAUGAACAACCUCUGUUUGCCUUCAUCUGUUGGUAAACUCUGCCAAGUACUAUCGUCAAUCAGUGUCCGAGGGAGGUGCUUAUCUCAUCAUGUGAGCAAACUGAGGCCAAGUUCUUCAGAAAAUUUACCUGUCGGCUUUCUACGCACAGAAGGACAGAAAACAUGGCUAAACCGUGCACCAUUAGCUUCAGCAAAUUCAGCAGCCAGCCGUCUGAACAUGGGAGAACAGAACCCGUGGGUUAACCAAUCACUUGUGUCCUCAUUUAAUAACCCAGCCUAUCAGCAGCGGAUCUGUCAGGGAACACCCAGCACUCCACUGGAAUAUGUCUGUCCAUCUAACAAGAACACAUCCAACACAAUCAUUCUCGAUCGAGCUAUUUCGCAAAACACCAUAAUAGACUGCCCAACACUGCCCCGAAUAUUUCAUGACAUAUCUCUCCCUGAACUAAAAAUUCACCAAAUUAUUGAUCCUUUCCCACAUGGCAAAGACGGUGUUGAUAAGACGCCUCCCGCUAUAGAAGCGAGGCAAAUUUUGAAAAUUCGUAGACGCAAAAUGAACCGACAUCUUCUGAAGAAGUUCCGCAAGCGAAUGGCGUUUACGUUAAGAAAGCAACGACUGUUGAUGGAGAAAAAGAAGGAAGCCGCAUUUCAAGCCAAGUUGGAUGUUAUUCGGAAAUCGGGGGAAGAUUUCAAUGCUCUGGAGUUUGUCCAGAAAGAAUUGGAGAUGGCGAGAAAAGGUGGUUUUCAAAUUGACGUGUUUGGACCAAAAUAACUAAUGUGGUGUUGCUGUUAACAAGAUAGUACAAAAACAUUUAAUAUGGAGAUCUUUAAACUUUUAUUCAUCUGUGGAGUAAAUUAAUUGAGAAAAUGAAAGCUUCGUUUAGCUAUGUGUGGUUCACCGGUUAUGGUCUGAUACUUACAAAAAUAAUGUUCUGCAUUUACCUGUAAUAUCUGUGGAAUAAAUGUUAUAAAUGUC